AAAAUCGCUUUGCCUGCCUGUACACACACACACACACACGCAGCGGUAGCGGCGUCAAAUGAAACCCUCCAUCAGCGCACAACCGCAAACACGGCCGUUAUAACAAUCCUCCGAAACCGAGAUCCCCGAGACUCUGACAUCGUUGCAGACCGUACCGGAUGUGAAGCACGGGACAGAGACCGAGCGCGCGCACGCACGGGGAGAGAGACGGGGACAUGGGCGACAGCUGCAGAAGAGGAGAGAGUCAAAUAUUGAGAGCAGCGCCGGGUGAAGGCGACCGAUGAGGAUGAAGAGUGGGAAGUGAAGCGCUCGUUCUGACAGUCUGCAUCUCUUCGGUCGCCGCCAUCGCGCAGUUUAACCCCAUCCUGUCCAGAUAUGAUGAAAGCAUUUUCCUCACUCCAGUCCCUCUUGUGGUGUCACUGGGCCAUGGUUCGCAAGAAAGGAUCACUUAUUUUGUGUGGAGCGUUUCUAUUUGUCGCCUGGAAUGCCUUGCUCCUCCUCUUCUUAUGGGGGAGGCCUCCCAUUGGCCGACUUGGUGAGGGAGGCGGCGCUGAACCAGGGGCUGGAGAGGAGUGGGGAGGCGGAAAAGCAAAAGUGGGUGGAGCUAAUGGAUUGGCCGGCGAAGUGAUCAGAUUGGCCGAAGAAGUAGAAUCAGAACUGGAGACUCAGAAGAAGCUUCUCAAACAGAUACAGAGUCACAGGGAACUAUGGGAACAACGGAAAGAACUGGGAAAGAGGGAAUCCGAGGACACAAAAGACAAAAAGAACAUUGUGGAGUUUAAAAAACCUCAGCAGAUUCCUGCAGUACCUCUAAAUCAUAAAACUGUAGAUGAUACAAAAACUGUUAUGGAGAAACAAGAAGUUUUAAAGGUUACGCCACCUCAGCUGGUUAUGAAGGAGCAGGAACCGGAACAAGAGAACAAGAAAAUGGUAGAAAAUGAAGUAAACCGUACUAAGCCAAGCCCUCAAAUCAUUAUCCCAAUUCUCGUUAUUGCCUGUGACAGAGUAACUGUGAAGAGAAGUUUAGAUAAACUUAUACAGUACCGCCCUUCUGCUGAACUCUACCCAAUCAUUGUCAGCCAGGACUGUGGCCACGCAGAUACUGCAAGGAUGAUUGGCUCCUAUGGAAGUAAGGUAACCCAUAUUAGCCAACCGGAUCUCGCAGAUAUUCCAGUGCGACCCGAUCACAGGAAGUUCCAGGGUUACUACAAGAUCGCCAGGCACUACCGUUGGGCCCUGAACCAAGUGUUCAACGUCUUUGCUUACUCCACAGUGGUCAUUGUGGAGGAUGACCUGGAGGUGGCCCCCGACUUUUUCGAGUAUUUCCGUGCGCUCUACCCCAUCUUGCGAUCGGAUCCGACUCUUUGGUGCGUUUCUGCCUGGAACGAUAACGGACGGGAUGGGCUGGUCAACCCGGGCAUGGCUGACCUCCUUUACCGAACAGAUUUCUUUCCCGGCCUCGGAUGGAUGCUUCUGAAGGAAGUCUGGGCAGAGCUAGAGCCCAAGUGGCCCAAAGCAUUCUGGGACGAUUGGAUGCGGCACCCGGAGCAGCGGAAGGACCGCUCAUGCAUUCGUCCCGAGAUCUCAAGGACUAUAACGUUUGGCCGGAAAGGUGUCAGUUUGGGUCAAUUUUUCGACCAGUAUCUGCGCUACAUAAAACUCAAUACUGAAUUUGUGCCUUUCACUAAAGCGGACUUGUCCUACUUGGUCAGGGAGAAGUACGAUGAAACCUUUGAAAAAGAAGUGUAUAGCGCCCCCUUGGUGAAGGUGGAGGAACUACAGCAAGGUGGAAGCCUGAAGGGCUCCGGGCCGUAUCGAGUUCAGUAUUCCAGCAGAGACAACUUUAAAGUCCUGGCCCGCAACCUGGGAGUUAUGGACGACUUGAAGUCAGGGGUUCCCCGUGCCGGUUACAGGGGCGUAGUCAGCUUUAUUUCCCGUGGACGAAGAAUUUAUCUGGCUCCCCCUGAGGGCUGGACUAAAUAUGACACCAGCUGGAGCUGAGGAGCAUUAGCUUUGACCCACAAAAGACCAGAAAGAGAAAACUCACAUCUAUUAUAACAAGUAUAGAAAGAGAGAAACGCCCUCUCAAACCAAAGAAAACAGAGGCAGGGUGUAAAAGUUUGAGGAAAGGUUAACGCUAAGAUGAGAGUAUAAAAUAACUGCUGUUUUUGUUAUGGAGGAACACAGGAAUGCUGGGAACAGCACAAAGGUUGAUGCAUCGUAUUUGCGCAGCAAUCAUGCAACAAUCUUCCCUCAGAGAAAAUAGUUACGCUCCAAACAGCUCCUAUGCAGAAUCACUCAUUCUGACAUGGAGAUAAAUGAUCUGAUUAUUUAUUUUAUCCCCCCCCCCCCCAUUUGAUGUACUGACCUUUCUGUUGGUGUAAACAUCAAUCCAAAAGGCAUAUAAAAGUAUUUUAUCUCACCAUAGUAUCUUUUGGAUGAAUCUCAUGAAAACAAAACACUCAGAUUUUACUCCAAAAUCAAUAGAGUAAAUUAAAUUUUUUGGAACAUUAUUUUCAUUUUUCCUUAAAUUAUUUAUGUAAGGAAUCUGAAGUUUUACUUUUGUUGUUGUUGUAAUUUUCAUACUUCUCACUGAUGAUUUUAAUUAUAACAGGAAUUACUGUAUAAAUAAUACAUUUUGCUUUAAAAUUUUAAUAACAAUAGUUAUUAUGUGCUCAAUUUAUAUUUUUAGCAAAAAAAUGUUCUUGACAAGUGAGAUUCAGCCUUUUAAAGACCAAUCUUAGUGUUAAAAGCCCUUUUAAAACCCUUUUACCAAGUUUUAUGAGUCCCUGACAUCAUUAUAAAUGAAGAUUGAGUAUAACUGUAGUCUAAAUUUGAUCAAUGCAUUUAUAUAAAAGCGCAAACUCGUUCACUUGACUUUUAUGUAGCACCAUUCAAUAUAUGAAGUUCAAGCUUGUUGCAAGAAAUUAUUCAGUGCUCGUGUAACUGAGAUACCAAAACUCUGGACAGCAUCUCUUCUGUGCCAUUCUUUUGAAGUACUGUACUUGAACCUGUUUUUGUUUUAACUGCUCUUCCUGGACCGGGAGAGCUCUCAUUGCUUCUUAAAGAUGUUGUAGGUUUGUUGCAAAACCAGUGGUCAUAAAAAUCACUUUAAAUAAAUGGAUUUCAGUAGGCCGAAGGAAGCAUUUUAAUUAGAUGUACUGUAAAUGUUUGGGAGAGAAAUUAUCUGAUAUGAAAGCAUAUGCAGUAUGAAGAAGUGUGAAACCACUGCCUGACAUGUUUAUAACUUUAAUACAUUGAGAAUAAAACAGACUAUUUUGAUAUUUGACAA